CUUCUAGGUGAGGAGCCCCUGGCCGUGCGCCGUCUCCUUGAGCCCCGCCCCAGAAUCUGCAGGGAGGAGCAGCCGGUGCUGCGCUCCUGUUCGUCUCUCAGCCUAGAAAGAAAAGGAGUGUUAUGCGCCUAUUUUUCAGACCAAGAUCCGGCCCAUUUUACUACCUCCAAGAGUGCAUUUCUUUCUAAUAAG